AAUGUCAAAAUCAUACAGAAGGUUGACAAAAGCAUUAUAAUUUGUAAAUAAUGCUAUAAAAUUAUAUUAUACUGAUGUAGGAAUUAAAAACAUUUUAAUUUUUAAUCUAUGAUAAAAUGGAGAUUGUUAAAUAUAAUUGUUCGUCCACUCCAACAAUCUAUGAGUAAGUAAAUCCGGACAAAGAUUUUGUAAACAUCUAAAAAUGCAGCAUAUAAAACCUGGAACUACCUUACUAAGAUUCCUGUACGUACAAAAGAUUGCGCGAAAAUAUAGGUCUAUAGCAUGGUAUACGACAACAGUGGAUUUAGUUGAUCACUUUACAACGGACUCUCCACAAAAAUCUAUCUUGAAGGAGAAAAAUUACUUCCCCAACGAUUUCAGCCUGAGACAUUUUAUGAAGUUGUACAAUACAAAAAAUAUAGAAAUAGCUAACAUGACAACAGAUGAGAUUGACAAUUACUUGCAGGAUUUAUUGACUAAGAAUAAUAAUCAGCAAAUUCAAUCAGUUUUAAAAGAAUGCACUGAUAAACGUAAAUUCAUCAGUGAAUUUACACUGAAGAAAAUAUAUAGACAUUUUAGCAUUCUCGGUAAGGUAAACACAGUGGAAUUACUUCAACAAUAUUGUCAAAAACUGGAUCCCCGUCUAUACAAACAGAAUGGUGAAUUUCUUCAUUAUGUGGCCAAAGCAGAAUGCAUGAGAGGUAAUUCUGAAAAAGGUCUAUCAGUACUAAAACUAGCAUACAUAAAAUAUGAAGGUCUUCGAAAUUUUUACAGAAUAAUUUUUAGAGAACUUAUCAAUGAUUCCAUCAACAACAGAUCAGAAGCCUCACUUGUUGUUUUUAAGAAGUAUGUAUUGGAUUUUAGUAAAACUUGGGAUGAAAAUUAUCCUCUAAUUUGUUUUUGGCAUUCCUUGUGGUGUAGUAGUUGGUUCUCAGACCAGAUGCUCUCAAAUGAGUUAUUAGAGACCUGUCCCAUAUUGCAAGACAUAGUAAGAGAUAAGGCGACAAUAUUCAGUAUUAAUUUUCUCAAAGAAUACAAUGAAGAUGCCGUCGUGAGAUUGUUGCAGAGUCUGUUAAAGUAUGACAUGAUGACAGAAUAUUCCAAAGUACUUCAGAUAUUAUUUGGUUACAAAUUGAAACAGAGGGAUCUUCGAGGGUGCACUGAAAUUAUAAAGAACUGCGAAGUUCUUAACAUCUCGCUGCCAUCAAAUCAACAAGGAAAAUAUAUUCAAAUGUUAAUACGCAAUAAAUAUACGGAAAAACCUAAAGACGCGCCCAAAAUAGCGGGGAAGAAUUUUAAAAUGAAAUUUUAGAUUAUCUUAAAAUGUGUUUUUAAUAUAUUAAUAUUCAGUA